AUCUCGUGCAGGUAGGGGAGGAGUGGGAGGAAGAGGAGGAGGAGGAGGAAGCGCACAGCCCUUUUGUUACCUGCACCAGACGUACCUGGCUGUUGGACGGUCGUAACAUGCCGAGAGUUUGAGGGGAAAUUCUUCCAAGUCAGACUCACAGAGUUUGGAUUCCAGUCUCGUGAAGACAGCAGUGUUUCCCCUUCUCCUUGUUUUCUUCUUCUUCUUCUACCUUUUUAAAGACGCACCGAGGGUUGUGGGGGGAGGAGAGAGAACAAGUUAAUUAGAAUUUUGUUUCGUUGAAGUGAGGACGAAUAGGAGCCACUUCCUCCCAAGAACUCAUUCACCUUUUUUUGUUGUUGUUUGUUUUGUUGUUGUUUCGUUUUUCUUCAAAUUGCGGUCCCGUUUCCCAGCUUUCGUUUCGGAACUCUUCUCAGCAUCUCAACCUGUUCUGGACGAUGGGUUUGUCGCCGCCGAGGAUCCCCGAGGAGCUGCAGCUGGACGCGACGGGAACCAGGCGGUAUUCGUGCCUCUGGGGGGGUUAGGACCGCUGCAGAUGCGAACGCCACUUUGUGUUAAUAGUGCAUGGCCUCUGGAUAAAGUGCUACCGAUCAUGCACAAACCCCUCCGAAAGUGGAGUCUCUACGUGUUCCUGUGUUUUGGCAUCAUAUACCUCAGACUAGGGGCCCUGUCAUCGGUUGUGGCUCUGGGUGCCAACAUCAUCUGCAACAAGAUUCCGGGGCUGGCACCUCGCCAGCGGGCCAUCUGCCAGAGCCGCCCAGACGCCAUCAUUGUUGUGGGCGAAGGCGCCCAAAUGGGCAUCAAUGAGUGCCAGUACCAGUUCCGGUAUGGACGCUGGAACUGUUCGGCGCUGGGAGAGAGAACGGUCUUCGGUCAGGAGCUUCGAGUAGGCAGCCGGGAAGCAGCUUUCACCUAUGCCAUCACGGCAGCGGGGGUGGCCCACGCCAUCACGGCCGCCUGCAGCCAGGGCAACCUGAGUCAGUGCGGCUGCGACCGGGAGAAGCAGGGCUACUACAACCAGGAGGAAGGCUGGAAGUGGGGCGGCUGCUCGGCCGACAUCAAAUACGGCAUCGAGUUCUCGCGGCGCUUCGUGGACGCCCGGGAAAUCAAAAAGACGCCCCGCCGCCUGAUGAACUUGCACAACAAUGAGGCAGGCAGAAAGGUUUUGGAAGAAAGGAUGAAGUUGGAGUGCAAGUGCCACGGUGUUUCCGGCUCCUGCACCACCAAGACCUGCUGGACGACGCUCCCGAAGUUCCGCGAGAUCGGCUACAUCCUCAAGGAGAAGUACAACGACGCCGUGCAUGUGGAGGUCGUGCGGGCCAGCCGGCUACGCCAGCCCACCCACCUCAAAGUGAAGCAGACUCAGGGCUACCGCAAGCCCAUGGAGACGGACCUCGUUUACAUCGAGAGGUCGCCCAACUACUGCGAGGAGGACGCGGCCACGGGGAGCGUGGGCACCCAGGGACGCCUGUGCAACCGCACGUCGCCGCACACGGACGGCUGCGACCUCAUGUGCUGCGGCCGCGGCUACAACACGCACCAGUACACCAAAGUGUGGCAGUGCAACUGUAAGUUCCAAUGGUGCUGCUUCGUCAAAUGCAACACGUGCAGCGAGAGGACGGAGGUUUUUACCUGCAAGUAAAAGGCCGCAAGGAAUGUCGUCAUCGGCGGGCGAAACGCCAAGGACUCGUUGAACAAGGACCCGACAGAGCGAGAUGUCCACACGUCUUCGAGCAGUGAGAGAUUGUAUAGCUAAGCGAACGGGAUUUAACACUAUCAGCUCUUCGUGGCGUCGUUUUGCACAGCAGAAUCUUAUCUAAUUGCUUUUCAGAAAGUAAUUGCUAAGUAUCAGUAGAUCAUAGCCCAGAACUUUGCUGUCAGAUAGAGAUUGUGCUCUUGUACUGAUGUAUCCACAGUGAACCUGGGACCGCCCGUAAGGAAGACAAAGGCCCUCGGAGGGGACUGCGCGUUGCAGUCUGGUUGGGUUUCGGGGUGGGGGGAGGAGGUUGGCGCGUCGGUUUUUGGGAGGAACUCAGAGACGGACGGGAAUGACAAAAAAUGGCCACGGCUGAUUUGAGGUGACCGGGGGGAAGAUCCGUCAAAUCUAUGAUUUAAAGAAAAAAAAACAACAAAAACAAACAAAAAUCAGCUUUUAUAGAUCUUGUUGUAUCUCCGCUAAAUGGGAGCUUAACUGAAUCUCGACCCGCACCCUCCCAGAUUGUCUGGGGCCGGUGUCAGAGGCCGAGAAAUGAAGAACAUUUUGUAAAAGCGUGGUGCAAUGUAUUGCACCAAAGUUUCGAGUGGGGAACUCUGUCAAACCCUUUGCUGCCAACUGGAAUACGGUGGAGAAUGUUAGUUUUCCAGUUACACUGGAACUGUCUGUUCUGAACACUGAAAAUAAAUUGUCUAUUUAUGUUAUAGUAUCUUAAAACAAAAGCACUAACGGGUAGAGAUGUCUUUUUUUUUGUACUAAAUGUAAUAACAAAUACAUUUUUAGAAACUCUUAGGAGAUGACCACGUCGUUUCUAAAACAUUAUCUUUUAGAAAAGGAAAUGGGAGAAGGAAAGAGAAAAGCUUUCAUUGCUACUGUUGUGUUGACAGCAAAAUACAUAAUUCCCGACUUCGUAGUUUGAAGUUUCUUUUUCUUUCAUUUCUACCCCGACGUCUGAGAACAGAAUCGCCGCCAGAACGUGGCAAAUAAACAAAACUGCGCAAUCAUGCAAGGUUUUAUCUUUUAAACACGGUGGGUGUGGAAUUACAACAACAAAACGCAUCGCAGAAAAAUAAUCUGUUUCUCUCC